AUGCCGGACAAGAUAUUCUUAACACAUUCAUCUCUCAUUACAGCCAGACACAGAGCCGAUUUGGAUGUGAGUUUUUAUUGAAUUGACAGGUUUUUGAAAUAAAAAUUAUUUCAGGUCGAAGUGGAAGAAAGAAGCUGUGAUAAAGUUCACACAGUCUACAAUUUUGAUGAACCUAUCACUUUUGAUUUUUUGAGGAGAGUAAGAAAAUGGCGACAUGCAACUUUUGCUCAUUUAUUGAUGCAAUGUGUAAUUUGGAAAGAACCCACUGUUAUGAGCGAUUGUAAACGGGCUGAUGAAUUAUGCGCGGUUUUAACACAAGAUUAUCAAUAUGUUAAUAGUAUAAUUAAUUAUAUUAAGAAAUAUCCGAGAUGGUUCAAAGUUAAGGAUUAUCGAAAGAUCAAACUUAUUGUACAAAUAUGUACAAAUACUCAAUAUUACGCUGAUGCAACUACAAUAUUAGAAACCUAUUUUGUCGGAAAUUUACUAGAAGAAACAACGAGUAGAAAACUUCAAUGGUGUAUAAAUGAACAAGGACCAGUUCAUGAGAAUCAAUCUACAUAUUAUCUAACAGUUCAUAUCACAAGUAAUUCAAUUUAUACGGGUCUUCGUUUAGUAGAGUGAGUUUUCUAAUUAAUUUUUCUCUGAGAAUCUUAUAUUGUUUCCAGUUACCAAUUUUUCUAUCCCUAUCUUUCACAAACCAGCCAAUAUGGUUCAUCUUCAAUGGCUGUUGCUGAACUAACAAAUAUAACAGAUGGUUCAAUUGUUCUUGAUUUAAAUGCAGUUGUUGGUGAAUUAUUAUUAGAAGUGUUACUUUUGAAAAACUGUUAUUGUAUUGGAAUAGCACAAGAAUUAGAUGAUUCUGAAGGAGCAUUAAAAAAUUUCGAGAAAUUCAAAAGUUGGAGAAGAGGAAGUAAAAUUCCAUAUUUUGAUAUUAUUGCUGCUGAAAUGAAAGGUUAGCUAAAAAUCGUCAGAAAUCGGUUCUCCUAAAACAAUUUGAUAUUUUUUCCAGGUUUUUUCAACUUCUAUGCAGUCGAUCAUAUUCUUGCUCGUUGCCCAUUUCGCUCAACUCAACCAAUAUCCGAAGUUCAAGAUUAUUUCAAUCAUUUCGAUUCAUUUUUGAAAAAUUGUCGACCAAACGUAACAGCAACACUUAUUUAUCCAAAAGCUCCAGAAUAUGUCACAAUUGUCAAAGAAAUGUUCGUUGAACGUUCGCAUAUUCGAAUAACAAAAAGUUGUUUCUUCGAAGAAUUUCAUCGAAAAUACGGUUUAAUUCAAUUGCAAACAGCGCCAUGUUUUAUGAUGCCACUUUGA